GCGCUGGUGAGGGAUGCUGUGCCGAUGUUUCGCCUUUUCUCCCCCCACCCCGCUAACGUCAUGCGCGCAAACUCGAGAGCGCCUCGCGCGCCUGGUGGGAAAAGGGGGCGUGGAUGGCAGCGUUCUUUAACGCCGUUCUUCUCUGACACUGUGUAAGGAAUGGAAUGCGGGGGCGGGGCCGGGGCCGCCAUGGCCUCAAUCCAGUCACUUCUACUAGGAAAACUGGUGGGAGGUGGGGGUAAUUGCACUCUGCAGCCGGAAAAUACGUUACAGCUGAGGCAGCCGUCCUCGCCCGCGGAAAGGUGGGGGCUGGCCUGCUCCCAAUGCCUCGCCCGGGAGAUCAGAGCAACGCCUGCCUUUCGCUGGAGCUCGGCGGGAGUUGAGAGCUGAUGGGAGGCGGAAGAGGUGCCUCGGAGAGCAGGGUUUCCCCAAGAGAAAAACAGAAAAGAUGUUUCAUAUUAAAGCUUGGGCUGAAUACAUCGUGGAGUGGGCUGCAAAGGACCUUUACGGCUUUCUUACUUCAGUGAUCUUUGCCCUUACACCAUUGUUCGUAAUUAGUGCAGCACUUUCAUGGAAGCUUGCAAAUAUGAUUGAAGCCGGGGAGCGAGAGCAAAAGAAGAAACAGAAAUGCCAAGAGAAUAUUGCAGAAGCCAAACAAACAAAGAAGGAUUAAAUGGUCAAAAAAAAGGCCUGCCUUGUGCAAAGAAUCCACUUCUUUAUGAAGCACUGUUUUACAUUUUGUUUUGUAAUGUUCUUUUGAUACUUGACCCUGUUAUUUCUUGAAGUAUGAAAUUUAGUCCUUUUAAUAUAUAUUUUUUUUUCUGCUGAGAUGAUUUGUGUUAAAGUUUGUUCAAAAGACACUUGUUAUAGCCAUUAAAUCGACUACUUGUCUUCUAGUGCAGGUUACUUUUCAAAAUUUGCAUUUUUUUUUUCCUUAGCUGAGCUAUGACUUCAGUAUCUUGAUUGUCAAAUUAUGGGGAAAAUGGGAAUGACUUGCUAUUGUCCCUAAAUCAGGGUUCUUUACCCUGAUGUGUCAUACCCAUGGUGUACAAAAUGCUGAUUGACACACUGAGUCGAGAUAUUUAUCUUUAUUGCCAGUCUGCAGAGUGGUUGUAUCGUUUGUGUUUCUGCUUUUUUCCCUUUUUCCCUUUUCCUUUUUAUUAUAUUAUCAUUAUUGUUAUUACUGUAAUAAUCAUUAUCAUUAUCUUAUUUUAAUUAUUAAACUGUUCUUAUCUCAAUCCACAAGUUUUGUUGUUUGUGUUUUUUUAUUAUUUUGCUCUUCCAAUUCUCUCCCCCAUCCUUUUUAGUUGCCAACUGAGGCUGAACCAGGACUUUUUUUUUUUUUUUCUUGGAAAACUAAUGAAUAUGUAUGUAAAAGUUGUAUAAGUUAUGCAGCUAACCCUGUGCGGGCAUGCACAUUAGGAGAAGUGUUCCCCUGUGCAUCUAGUGCUGCAAUAAAGAA